AUGAGCGAUCGGCUCUUCUAUCGCAAGCGGCAUCGGGUGCGGGGCUCGGAUGAGUUCAGCGCGGUGUUUGAUUUCAAGGUGCGCAAAUCUCGCGGUCCCAUCACGGUGUUCGUGAUGCCCAACGAUCACGAUGAGCAUCGGUUGGGGUUAUCGAUCGGAAGGCGGGUUGGGAAUGCUGUUGUGCGUGGUCGAGUCAAACGGAUGAUCCGAGAGGCGUUCCGGCACGAACGCAGUGAGCUUCCAUUAGCCGCGGAUGGGACGGGGUAUGACAUUGUGGUCACGGCGAGGGCACACGAGGCGGCAGGUCUUGAGCAGUGGCGCGAGUGGUUUACUGGAGCGGGGCGCCAAGAGGACGGGGUUCCGAUGGGGAUCGCGGCUACGCGUCUUGUCGAGAGUCCGCUCGGAUUGUUCGGUCGGAUCGGGAAUCUGCCGUUUGUGGGAUUGAUCCGGGUGUACCGCGUGGUGCUGUCUCCGCUGAUUGGCGGGCAGUGUCGAUUUGAGCCGACUUGUAGUCUCUAUGCGUUGGAGGCGUAUCGGCUCCAUGGGCCCAUUGCGGGGACGCGGAUGACGGUGGGGCGGAUCUGUCGAUGUCAUCCGUGGAACAAAGGUGGGUUUGAUCCGGUGAAGAUCCCGGUGAAGGCGAUGGGCAGACUCCCAGCGGCACAGAGGCGUGAACAGUUGUUGGAUGUCGCUGCGGAGCUGUUUGCGACGCGUGGGUAUGCUGGCGCGACGACGGCUCAGAUCGCGAAGGAGGCGGGGGUUACUGAGCCGAUUAUCUACAGGCACUUUAAGAGCAAGCGUGAUCUGUUCGUCGCGCUGAUCGAGCGGACUGGGAAGCAGACGCUUGAGCAGUGGGAAGCGGAUCUGGGGAGGUCAGAGAAUCCGGCGAUCCGAUUGGCGCGGUUGCUUGGUGAGAAUCCGAUGGUGUCGGGAGAGGGGCGCGUUGGGUAUCGAGUGAUGCUCCAGUCGGUGUCGGAGAUCGAUGACGAGCUGAUCCACGACGCGGUGUCGAAACACAUGGCGGCGCUGCACGCGUUUAUCACCAAAGAGAUCGUGCGUGCUCAGGAGCACAAGCAGGUCGAUGAUCGGUUUAGUGCUGAGGUCCUCGGAUGGGUGCUGGUCAACAUCGGGAUGGGCUACGGCGUGCUUGAAGCAAUGGGGGUCCCUGGACACGGACGCGACAGCGAGGGGAUAUCGGUGCGCGAGGUGCUGGCGCGUGUGCUGGUGAGUCCGGCGAUGAAACGCGAUCGGCGCGGUCGCGGAGAUGGCGCUGGUCGAUUGUGUCAGCAGUCCGAGCAUGGAUUCGACCUGUUUCUGCUGGGUGAGCAUGGUCUGGAUGGUUGCUUGCUCGAGGAUCUGGGCGCGGACGAGGUUGGCGAGCGCGUCCUCGGUGUUGGUGAGCUCGGAGAGCAGGGCGUUUGUUUCGGAUUCGAUCGCGUUGAUUCGGUUCCCGAUCGCGCCGCGUCGUCCGGCGAUGGUCGCGACGGCUUGCUUGGCGAGGUCCUGCGCGGCUUCGGGGUUGUUGCUGAGGAGCUGGGGGAGAUCCGCGAGCGUUUUUUCGGUCAAGACCAGUUCACCGGUUUCGGGAUCGGCUUCUUCGACGAAGAUCGAUCCGAUGUCGGACGCGGAGAAUCCGGUGAGGAGGGUGUUGCCUUGGUAGGUAGAGGUGUUGUGGAUGUGGUUGAUCGCGGUGAUGAUCGAUUGGGCUUCGUCGAUCUUGAGGUCUUGUUCCUGUUGGGUCAAUGCGCCGGUGUUGGCGGCUUCGACUGUGACAGCAUCAAGUUUGAUGACGAGAUCGGAGAGGACGGAGAGGGCGCCUUCCUGCGCGCCGAGGAACGAGGUCUCACGCUCGAAGCUGGUGAGCCUGCGAUCGAUCGAGAGUUUGGAUGCGUGGAGUUUGUUGGACGCGAUGAGACCUGA